AUGGUCGUAGUGGUCGCUCACUUGCUUGCAGGUGAGACUACGCUUAGCGUCCAUUUGCUGGCACCCAACUCUCACUUGUGGCUCCACGUAGCUGAGCUCUGCUCAGCGGCCACACCCUGGGCAACCGUCUGGAUCGGCGGGCUAAACCAGGUGAGGGUAUCCGUGCGUUCACCUGCACACGCGGUACUGUGGUCUCCGCUGGCGGAUGGAUCUUCGCGCCGACAUCGUCGAGACGAGGCUCUGCUUGACCAUCGCAGGGGGCCACCAGGUAAGUUCUUCUUCAGGUAAGUGAAUUUGCUUUGUUUCUUCCUUUUGUCUGAUGAAGUUCCGUGUUGUCUGCUGCUCUUGUUGCCUGCCCUCUAUAUGUUAGUUUGUCUGUUAUUAUCUAGAUGAAACUCUUGAUGCCUGCUGCGACUGUCUGCCUGUCUGUCAAUCUAUGCCUCUCUCGGCUAAUAGCUAGGUGUUACUAUGCUUAAUCUUGAAGGACGCCCUCUGAUUUCUGUCUCUGACUUAUGACUGUGUCUGCUUGUCCACUCUAGCUAGCUGUAAGUCCCAUAGCGUUCUGUUGUGUGUUUCCUCUCAACCACUUCAUCACCAUCAUCACCAAGGUCCCAGGCUAAUUCGGGUCGUUUUCUCACUAACAAAAAGUCGUGGCCCAUAGUGGAGUUCGGCAGCCGUCUGGGAUAACCGGGCAGCUCUAUUCAGGGAUGCGCUGCCUGCCCUCGCGAGGGGGGCGGGACUAGAAAAGGUGCCCUAAAGAUCGCUGGGAACCACGCUGUCUGUAGGCUAGCCGUGGCCGCAGACAAACCAAACACGGUCGAAACAGCCAAAACCGAAACAACAACAACAACAACAACAGCAACAACAACAACAACAACAAUCACUCUCUUACUCUUCCAGCCUAUUCUUCUUCUUCUCCUCCUAGUUUUCGCCGCCGCAGUCGCCAGACGGGCAGAGUGAGUCCGCCCACUCUGGCAGCCUGGAAUGUUCGUUCCCUUUUAGACAAUCCGAGCAGCAACCAACCGGAACGGAGGACGGCGCUAGUGGCACGGAAACUGGCGCGCUACAAGGUGGACAUUGCCGCACUCAGCGAGACCCGAUUCUCCGAACAAGGCCAACUGGAGGAGGUGGGUGCCGGUUACACUUUCUUCCGGAGUGGUCGACCCAGCGCAGAGCGACGAGACGCGGGUGUCGCCUUCGCCAUCCGGAACGACAUCGUGGGACAACUGCCCUGUUUGCCGCAGGGCAUCAACGAUCGCCUGAUGAGCCUCCGUCUGCCUAUCCGGCGGGGGGGGGGACAAUUAGCCCCCAUCAUCAGCGCCUACGCUCCGCCCAUUACCAGCCCCGACGCCGCCGCAAGAGACAAAUUCUACAGGGCCUGCACGCCCUCUUGGCGACUGUGUCGAAGGCGGACAAGCUGGUUGUCCUCGGCGACUUCAACGUCCGCGUCGGCACAGACCAUACUGUCUGGAGAGGAGUGCUGGGUCCCCACGGGCUCCGCGGCUCAAAUGACAAUGGUCUGCUGCUGCUCCGCACCUGCGCAGAACACCGCCUCAUCCUGACGAACACGUUCUUCUGUCUGCCGGAGCGAGAGAAGGCCACCUGGAGGCAUCCUCGGUCGCGUCAGUGGCACCUGCUGGACUAUGUCCUCGUCCGAAGGCGUGACCAGCGGGACGUGCUGGUGACGAAGGCGAUCGCGGGUGCUGAGGGGUGGACCGACCAUCACCUCGUCAUCUCGAAGAUGCGUAGGAGACCACAAGGUAAGCGACGGCCAGGUUAGCUGAAUGUUGCCUUGUUGUUUUUGCUCACUCAUCAUCUUCAUUUCAGCAAUAAACUAGCUUAACGACUAGACAACCUUCCAAUAGCUGUCGCAGACGACGCCGCCACUGCCGAGAACGUCUCCAUGGAGAACCGCUGGUGUCAGCUGCGAGACACGGUCCAGUCGACGGCGCUCGCCGUCCUCGGUCACGCUCCCCGCCAAUACCAGGGUUGGUUCGACGACAACGACGCCGCCAUCAGCAAUCUGCUUGCUGAGAAGAACCGCCUACACAAAGCCUACGUAGAUCACCCCACAGAGGACAACAAAGCUGCCUUCUACCGUAGUCGCCGCCAGCUUCAACAACGGCUGCGUGAGAUGCAGGACGCCUGGACUGCUCGCAAAACUGAGGAGAUCCAAGGCUACGCGGACCGCAACGAUUGGAAGAACUUCUUCUCUGCGAUCAAAGCUGUCUACGGUCCGCCGACGAAGGGCACUGCUCCUCUCCUCAGCGCCGACGGCAGCACUCUCCUGACUGAGAAGACGCAAAUCAUGCAGCGAUGGGCCGAGCAUUUCCGAGGCGUCCUCAACCGCCCUUCAGACAUCUCCGACGCCGCCAUCGAGCGUUUGCCGCAAGUGGAGACCAACGCGGACCUAGACCUCCCGCCAUCUCUCCAGGAAACCAUCAGGGUCGUGCAGCAGCUCUCUAGCGGGAAAGCACCCGUAUCGGACGCGAUCCCUGCUGAGGUCUACAAGCACGGAGGUCCCCAAAUGAUGGAUCACCUGACUGCGAUCUUCUAAGAGAUGUGGCGUCAAGGCGAAGUCCUGCAAGACUUCAAAGACGCAACAAUCGUGCAUCUCUACAAGCGAAAAGGGAAUCGCCAAUUCUGCGACAACCACCGCGGCAUCUCCCCGCUGAACAUUGCCAGGAAGAUCUUCGCUCGCAUCCUUCUCAAUCGCCUCAAUAACCAUCUCGAACAGGGUCUACUGCCGCAAAGCCAAUGCGGCUUCCGUCGUCAUCGUGGGACCACGGAUAUGAUCUUCGCCGCCCGUCAACUUCAGGAGAAGUGCCAGGAGAUGCGAACCCACCCGUACUCCACCUUCGUGGACCUGACGAAAGCCUUCGACACGGCGAAUCGUGAAGGACUGUGGAAGAUCAUGCAGAAAUUCGGCUGUCCGGAGCGAUUCAUUCAGAUGGUGCGUCAGCUGCACGACGGUAUGAUGGCGCGAGUCACAGACAACGGAGCUGUCUCAGAGGCAUUCGCAGUGACCAACGGAGUGAAGCAGGGAUGCGUGCUGGCGCCUACCCUCUUCAGUCUUAUGUUCUCUGCCAUGCUGAUGGACGCCUACCGCGACGAACGCCCUGGAAUCCGCAUCGCCUACAGGACGGACGGUCAUCUCCUGAAUCAACGGCGCAUGAACUUCCAAUCGCGCGUAUCCAUAACCACCGUUCACGAACUCCUCUUCGCUGACGACUGCGUCCUGAACACCACCAGGGUAGAUGAGAUGCAACGGAGCAUGGACCUGUUCUCCGCCGCCUGCGAGAACUUCGGUCUGGUCAUAAACACGCAGAAGACGGUGGUGAUUCACCAACCGCCACCCAACUUAGCCACAGCCCCCAACGCACCGCCGCAAAUCAGCGUGAACGGAACCCAACUGCAGGUGGUGGAGAACUUCCCGUACCUGUCAGUACUCUCUCCCGCAACACCAAGAUCGAUGACGAAGUCGCCAACAGGAUCUCGAAAGCCAGUCAAGCCUUCGGUCGCCUCCAAAGCACAGUUCGGAAUCGGCACAGUCUUCAACCGAGCACGAAGCUGA